AUGAUGAUUUUGGAAUUACUUUCAAGUACAGGAAUUUUUAAUGAAGAAUGGAGUGAUUGGAAAGAUAUUUUUGAAAGUCGUUUAAAAGAGAAUUUAUGGUUGUUUGAAUUACCAAGAUCCUCAUCAGAUAUUGAAAAUGGAAUAGAAACAGAGGAUGGAUUUCCUUUAACUAUGACUCAAUCGGAAAAAAUGUUAUUUGACCGGAUCAAGAAUGUUUUACUUUCUAAUUUUUUAACUCAUCCACCGCAUACUGUGCAGCGUUUAGCAGAACUUCUUUUAACACCUAAAUUGCAUUACAAUUCAUUGUCUAAAUAUUUAAGAGCAGUAGAGAAGACACUUAUGGUAACGUCAACAACAGCAGAUUUUAAAGUACAUGAUACAGAUUCUCAACACCAAAAAAUGAAUCAUAGUGAUUCUAGUGCACCAAACUUAACACCUGUUCCAUGGAUUUAUUCCUCUGAGAAUUCAAGUUAA